AUGACCGCUAUUAUUUUCGCUGUUGUCCAUCAUCUGUACUAUUAUGGUCUUCAAAAGAUCGGAUUGCAAGUUAAAGUGGCCACUAGCGGAAUGCUUGUGAAAAAAGGAUUGAGUCUUUCGAACUCGGCUUUGCGUAGGACUACGGUUGGCCACGUGGUCAAUCUGCUCUCUACAGAUGUCAAUAAGUUUGAUGUGGGGUUCGUGUUUAUUCAUCACAUAUGGGUAUCACCUCUUUUACUAGUUGUAUACAGCUAUUAUUUGUGGAAAGAAAUCGGACCAUCUGCAUUUGCUGGUAAAUUACUUGUAAAUGUUGUCAUGCGGUCUGAACAGAUAUUUAGGAAGGAAAUCGCGAACCGGGCCGACAAAAGACUAAGUGUCAUGAAUGAAAUAUUGAACGGUAUUCGGAUGAUUAAGAUGUAUGUGUGGGAAGAUGCGUUUACUGACGUCGUGGGUUUAACCAUCAGCCUUGUGCGUAUUAUUGACCGAUCUAUAUGCACCCGCGCCUCUCGCGUCGGUUUAUAUAACUCUUGUCGCCUAUCGAUAACACUCUUCUUUCCGUUCGCGGUGCAGUUCUUCUUUGAACUUCGCGUGACUCUGAAACGUAUUCAGGUCAGUAGGAAAUUAUCUGUACAUUAUCUUCAUCCUCCUUAUUUUCAGAACAAUCGAGAUGAUGCGUACGCAGUGAAAGAUCUCACUUUUGAAGCUAAUUCCGGGGAUUUGAUUGCUGUUGUUGGUCCAGUUGGCUCCGGCAAGUCGUCGUUAUUGUCCUCCUUACUCUGUGAGACUCAUAAACUUACUGGUAAACUUAUCAUAGAUGGUAAGAUUGCGUAUUGCAAUCAGGAUGCUUGGAUCUUUAAUGGUACUGUACGCGAUAAUAUUCUCUUCGGUUGUGACUACGAUCAGAAAACUUAUCAUCGAGCGCUGGAACUCUCUGCACUUAGUUCUGAUAUCGAACAGUUUCCGCAUGGAGAUGCGAUGGUUGUUGGUGAUCGUGGAACUUCUCUCUCAGGUGGUCAGAGAGCGCGCAUUUCAUUGGCUCGCGCUAUCUAUUCGAAUGCGGACAUUUUCCUGCUCGAUGAUCCGUUAUCAGCCGUUGACGCAACAGUUGCACGUCAUUUGUUCGAUAGGUGCAUUUGUGGCUAUCUGAGAAAUAAAGUUGUUGUUCUUGUCACACAUCAGAUUCAAUUUCUCCAUUCAGCUUCGAAAGUGCUGCUAAUGAAAAAGGGAGAGGUGAAAUAUGACCUUUUUAAUUCCUUUAAUAAUUCGCUCUUAUGUUCCCGCAAAUCUCUUUAUUUUUCUCAUUCAUCUAUAGAAGAGAUUGUUCUCACUAUUUAUAGAGCCGUAUGGUUCCGUUUCUGUCAAACUGUUGCAUCUAUCAACUUGUAUAGAAGAAUGUUUAACGCUGUUAUCAAUACAAAAGUUAUUUUCUUCGACAAGAACCCUAUCGGCAAGUGCUUUGUUUUUGUCGUUUGUGUUUUUCGAAUUUCUCAUGGUUGUUUCGAAAAGAGUUUUCCAUACCAUUUCGUGCCAGGAAUACUGUUUUUAGCUCGAAGUCCUUUGUAUUCCCAUAUAUCUGCGUUUAUGAAUGGGUUGUCCACAGUAAGGGCUUUCAGAAGGCAGAAAAAAAAUAUGAAUACCGCAGCUUUCGCACUCACAUUAUCUACCUCUCGCUGGUUUGCCAUUUGUAUUGAUUCUCUUGUAGCGUUUUUCGUGACCGCUGUUGCAUUCUUUAGCAUUCCCACACCUGGUAUAUCUGGAGACGUUGCUUUGAUUCUGGUUUAUGCCGUUCAACUAAUAGGUUUCUUUUCAUGGAUUAUGCGUCAAUCAGCGGAUCUGCAGAAUGGUAUGGUUUCUAUUGAACGUAUCAUACAGUAUACGGAGCUUGAAUCUGAACAUGAUAACGGCCCGCUUAUGAAGGUACCGGCAGGAUGGCCAACAGAGGGUCAUAUUAUUGUAGGUCUUAAAUUCAGUUUCUCGCAGAUUGGUAUCGUUGGACGUACUGGCUCUGGUAAGUCAUCAUUACUUCGAGCACUGUUUCGCCUUACUGCUCCAUCUUUGGGAACAAUAACGAUUGAUGAUGUGGAUACGGCACUGAUACCAUUGAAGGUUUUCUCAAAUCUGACAAUAUGUAUAUCUGACUACCACGAACUUUUAUGGAACUUUUUUUUUUCUUCACAAAAAGUUCUUGUAAAGAAGGGUUUGUACUUCCGUUUAGCAUUUCAGGUUGGACAACGACAAUUAGUCUGUCUUGCUCGCGCUCUACUUCGUAAUUCGCGGAUUCUAGUGAUUGACGAGGCAACAGCGAAUGUUGAUCCGCGCACUGACACUCUUAUCCAGCGAACAAUACGUGAAAGUUUUUCGCAUGCAACCGUGUUGACAAUCGCGCAUCGCUUACAUACAAUUGUGGAUGCGAACAGAAUCUUGGUGCUGAAAGAUGGUGAAGUUGCUGAGUUUGCACCAGCGUAUGAACUUCUUCAAAAUCCCAGUGGAGUUCUCGCAAGCCUUGUGAAAGAGACGGGACAGGAAAAUGCCACACUUCUUCACAAGGUAUUCUAA